CACACAUGAUAGCCUCGCAUCCGUGCACAUAAGUUAGAAGAAAGGGACGCCCAGUAAUAAGAGGGAAAGGCAGCGGUGUUGCCCGAUGGCGCACACUCGGAUGGUGCGUCACGUCUUCACAAGUGUUGCGUGUUUGGUCUUGCUCUCAUGGGGCAGCGUGUGCUUCCUCGCUUCACAUCACCAGCAGAAACUUCAAAAUUUCGGAAACGAAGAGGAGGAAGUAACGUUUAACUGGGCAAAUACACCUGUGCACAACAGGAAUCCUGCUCAACGUCUGAAAAGAUUUCUUACGAAUCCUACCGUGUCCUGUAAAAAAUUGCUGAGCGUUGGGGGUAGAUCCUGCCUUGGAGCCUCCGACGGUGCCAAGCUGGUGUGCAUGGACGAGGGCGUGGCGCCGGCGGCUCGGAAUUGCCUCGUGUAUUCGUUCGGGGUCGGCAACGACUUCACUUUCGAUGAACAGAUGCAGGAUUUCGGCUGCGAUGUCCACGCCUUCGAUCACGACGCAGACCAUGAAGCGUACGACCACAGGAUGGGCCCGAGCGUCUACUUCCACAAAUCAAGAAUCGGCUUUAAGACAGGAUACUUCAAGUUCUGCACAGAGAAUCCGUCCGGGAUAGAGUGCGAUCCAUUUGUCCGGUACAAAACAUUCAAGGACAUACAGAGAUCUCUUGGGCACGAAAUGCGUUACCUGGACUACCUGAAGAUGGACAUUGAAGGAGGAGAGUGGAUUGUGCUCGAUAACAUCAUCCGAACCACCAGUGUUCUGAAUGCCACUUCUCAAAUCUCCUUGGAGAUACACUUCGAUGAAAUACGAAAAGAAAAGCCACUUGAAGAGAAGCGAAAAGACAUAGAAAGAUAUUUAGCUGUAUUUGAUGGCUUGGCUAAACUUGGAUUCCAAAUAAUGAAUUUUGAAGAGAAUGAAAUGAACCCACAAUAUGAGACUGUAGAUGGAGUCACAUUUGCACUUUAUGCUGAAAUUUUAUUACUUAGAAGGGUUAUUUAAGAAUUUGAUUGAAAUUGCUAUUAGGUGUUAUUCAAAGAUUUAUUAAUAAACGAAAUUUUAGUUCCCCAAUACACGAGUGUGUUUGUCUCUUUGUACCAGAAUUAACCACUAGCUUAGAGCAAGUUAUUCAGGCACCAAUGAAAAGGUGCCCCGUGGCACCAUGACCCUCAUUUGUUUUUUGUUUUAUAAUUGAACUAAACUGCUUUGGUCAGCUUUGCUCUGUUAAAUAAAUCUGGUAUGAUGGGUGACUAGUGAGUGUAACCAUUGGGUUGAUUAUGGCAAACUAGAUAAUUUUCCUCAUAAUUUCUCCUCUGUUGAAUCGUUAGUUGAAUCAUAAGGAAUGAUAGGCAAUGUGAUUUAAAUAUGGUCAGUUUCUAGUUGCGUAGAUGGCGGGGGGGGGGGGGCAGUUUUCACUGAUCCUGGCCACUAAAGGCAUCUGUUAAUUCUGUUUGAAUUUAAAUGUUUUUGUACAGCCAUUUUUUCAUUUAUGAAUAAGUAAAUAAAUGUUUUUUUUUUUGGUCAUAUAUAAUUUUCAUAAUAAAAAAAAUGAAGGAUGUCCCUUAUAUUUUUUCUUGUUUCUAAUUUAUUUGUAUUGGUAUUUGUAUUGGUAUUCCACAUGUAUCUAGAUUCUAUUUUUUGCAAAUUGUAUUUCUCUGUAAAAACCUCAUGUGGUAUGGUAUUUGACACAGAUAAAAGAACAUGUUUGAACUGUAAUAGAAAAUACUCAUUCUAAACAUUAUAUAAAACCUUGAUGGGGAUGUGCACAUGGCAUCAGUUCGACUUCUGAGCCAAACUAAAUAUUGACACAUGCUAGUAAGCACAAACUCGGAAUUUCAUUACAUCCCAAUAUCAUCUGUUCCUUUAAUAUAUAAACCCCUGGAUGUCCAAAAAUAUAAUAUAUUUACAGUUACUGAAACUGUGGUUCUUUUACCCGAAUGAAGCCAAAAGUUUUGAACCAGGACUUUUACACAUAUAUGUGUUUGUGUAUUAUUUAUUCAUCUUAGUCUUUUCAGCUUUGUAUUUUUUAUGUUUUAGUGAAUAACAAUCUCUGGUUUGGAUGGCAGUUUUUGUGAAUGGUUUAUGAUUACAUUAUUUUAUGUGAUAUUUUUAUUUUCUUCUUAUUCUCUCAUAAUAAAAGUUGUGACUAAUUAAGUACAAUGCCUUAAUUAUAAUAUCGAUAAUUACCCUCUAACUAUAUCAUCAAUUUUGCUCAGUAAUGCAUAUGUUUAGUAGUGUUAAAUGGAAAUGAAGGAAGAACCUGCUCAAUCUCUACAUAAAUGUUCUUCUUACAAUUUAACAUAAUCACUUAUCUGAAAAUGGGAUUUACUUUACAUCUUUACUUAAUUCAGUAAAAUAUGUAAUCAAUACAUCCUCUAAAUAUAAUAUAUAAACAUAUUCUUUGAUUUUG